CGGUGUUGUUAAAUAUAAUGAAAGCAAAAUCAAACAAUUAAUGUAAGAGUGGACGAUUCAGAGAGCUGGUUCCUCUUUUCGUCUGUUCGCUCAAGAUUAACAGCAGCACACUCCCAACUUCCUCGUCCAAGUCGCAGUUGCUGUGCUCCUCAUUUUGAAGCACAUUGGCAAUGGAAGCUGCUAGAACGAAAUGAGGAAUAAUUUCGGACCCGGGACUCUGGCAGAAGAAUUUUAUUAAACUCGUCGUCAUAGGAGUGCUCGUUUAAAGCGGCGGAGGACGUCACCAUGGGCUGUGUGGGCUCAAAGGAGGACCGGGACUAUCUUCGGAAAGGGAAGAGUGAGGUGCAGAAUAGUUCACAGGCAACCCACUACGUCAAAGAUCCCACGAGCAAAACACCCUCCAAUGCAAACAUAACAGAUGGGGACACCAUUGCUAUCGCACUGUACGAUUAUGAUGCCAUUCAUGAUGGAGACCUUGGCUUCAAGAAGGGAGACAGACUUAAAAUUUUGGAGGAAUCAGGGGAGUGGUGGCGAGCGAUGUCGAUCUCGACAGGUCAAGAAGGCUUCAUCCCCAGCAAUUAUAUUGCGAAAGACACCCUGGAGGCGGAGGAGUGGUUCUUUAAGGGCGUGAGCAGGAGAGAUGCCGAAAGGCAGCUGCUGGCCCCUGGGAACAGAGUUGGAUCGUUCAUGAUCCGAGACAGUGAGACCAACAAGGGAAGCUUCUCCCUGUCCGUCAGGGACAGUGAUGGCCCAUCUGGUGAUACGGUUAAACAUUAUAAAAUCCGUAUGCUGGACAAUGGAGGAUUUUACAUCUCUCCCCGGAUCACAUUCAGUACCCUGCAGGAGAUGGUCAAACAUUACAAGAAGCAAGGCGAUGGCCUUUGCCAGACCCUGACCAACCCUUGCCUGAGUCCUAAACCAGAGAAGCCUUGGGAGAAAGACGCCUGGGAGAUCCAAAGGUCAUCGCUUAAGCUGGAGAAGAGGCUUGGCGCUGGCCAAUUUGGAGAAGUCUGGCUAGCUACAUACAACAAACACACCAAGGUAGCAGUGAAGACCAUGAAACCUGGGAGCAUGUCAGUGGAAGCCUUCAUGGCUGAGGCCAACCUGAUGAAGACUUUACAGCAUGACAAACUGGUGCGACUCCAUGCUGUGGUCACCAAGGAGGAGCCCAUUUAUAUUAUCACUGAAUUGAUGGAAAAAGGUAGUUUGUUAGACUUCCUCAAGAGUGAUGAAGGCAGUCGCAUCCCACUUCCCAAGCUGAUCGACUUCUCUGCCCAGAUAGCGGAGGGUAUGGCCUUCAUUGAGCAAAGGAACUACAUCCACCGAGACUUGAGGGCUGCCAACAUCCUGGUCAAUAAGGCUUUAGUAUGCAAAAUUGCUGACUUUGGCCUCGCCCGCAUCAUCGAAGACAAUGAAUACACAGCAAGAGAAGGAGCAAGAUUUCCCAUUAAGUGGACCGCCCCUGAAGCCAUCAACUACGGCUGUUUCACGAUUAAGUCAGAUGUCUGGUCUUUUGGCAUUUUGCUGACUGAGAUCAUCAGUUAUGGACGCACACCGUACCCAGGGAUGACCAAUCCAGAGGUGAUCCGUUCACUGGAGAAGGGCUACCGAAUGCAGCGUCAGGACAGUUGUCCCAAGGAACUCUAUGACAUCAUGCUAGAAUGUUGGAAGAACAAACCGGAUGACCGUCCAACCUUUGAUUACCUGCAGAGUGUCCUGGAGGAUUUCUACACAGCCACAGAGAGCCAGUACCAGCAGCAACCAUGACUCACAAAGUCAUCGUUUCUGUGCCACUUCAUGAUGUAGAGUAUUUGUACAAAAUCUUGAGAGUAUUUUCCUAUGUGUCCUUGUGUACAUUCAUCUGUUACCCCUUAAUAACCUGAUGUCUCAGCAGGCUGUGGACGAAAUUUCUUGGGGAAAACAAACGCACCACUUUGACUGAUUCCUUCAUUUUCAGCGAUUGUGUUAUCAAAAGUCAAAGUCUCAUGAAUUGCGUGUGACUGCAAUUUGCAUCAUUUUUUAAAAUAGAUUACAAAAGUAUGUGGGAUUAUGAAUAGUAAAAACAGUAGUGAAAGUUGAAAGGAUAGUUCGUUGAUCCAAAUUUUAGAAAGAAUGAGGCCUUUUUUUCUAUUUACCACAACAAGCACUUCCCAAUACAUACUUCAACAGGUUUGACAAAGCGCUUUGUGCUGUUCAUUUCAAACUGAGCAUUCAACUGCAUACUGGUGAGCAAAGUCAAAAGUUUAAAAAAAAAUCUAAAACUA